ACGUUUUGAAACAUCCCAAUUAGGUUCAGCAAGUGCGUUGGGCGUAACUUUUUGACAGUCUUUAGUUUCAACUUUUUUUCGUGCACUUGAAGCGGGGAAAGUUUGCGCGGCAGUGUGUUUAAUUUAUUCUGUUUUAACGGUUUUAGAAAUGGAUAUUCAGAAACAGAGAGAUGGAUUUCAGACAUCCCUAAAUUUGAAGCUGUCAAAUGGUUAUAUUUUACCUGAAGGUAGAAUGACACCAAACACACUUUUUGUUGGAGGAAUCGACAUGAAGGUGGAUGAGAAUGAAAUCCGGGACUUCUUUGCGAGAUUUGGUGCAGUGAAGGAAGUGAAAAUCAUCACUUACCGCGGCGGCAUCUGUAAAGGAUAUGGAUUUGUUUACUUCAAUGAAGAUGUCGACAUCCAAACCAUCGUUGACCAACAGAUAAGUUUUAAAGGGCGGAAACUGAAGCUGGGUCCAGCAAUCAUGAAGGAAAGGAGCUCACGUUCCAUGCCGUCUCACCUGGUUGGUCAGGUCCCCUGGAUGAGCCCCUCCCAGUACAUCUACUGCACCUGCUGCUCUCCUGUGGGCGUGGCUCAGCCCUCACCUGUACUCAACGGGGGCAAUCCCUACAUCCAGCCUUACUCGUAUAACGGCCUUCAAGGAGUCAUGAUGCCACAGAUGCCCAUGAGCUACUCACAAACCGCCUACGCGUACCAGUACGCUUCACCACACUGGACCGGGGAGCAGAGGACACGGCUUGUCAACCAGAACUUUGUGGACUGUGGAGUCCAGACUCUGCUGACUCUGCUGUAGCCCACUGACCCUCCUGUACCAGGGGGUGAUGUGUGCCAGUCUGCACUGCGACAAGAUGACAUCCUGGCCUUUGGAGUGCUAGAAGCAACAAACUUAAAAAAUCUACAUUACCAGGAUGCUUUCUCUCUCUGACAUCCCUCCCUCGCUCGCUUUGAGACCCAUUUUAACACACCGACCGUGGCGGCUCAACACUUACACCUGAUGGGCGUGGUCACUGACUGUGCUCCAUGAUUGGCUUGGCUAGGACCACGGUCCUGGGGUUUGGACCGCUUUUAAACCACCUCAACCACUGUCACGCAGGGAAGAGAGGAAGUAAUUUUGGUGCCUCAGCAUUUUCAUAACACAAGGCAAUGUGUGGUGUCACAUUUUUUAUUUUUUAGUUUGUGGUUUUUGUUGGGUUUUUUGAUUGUCCCAAACCAAAAGACUUUUACGCUCACCUGUGCAUAUUUAUAUUUUAUUUUGUACUAUUUAUGUUGAAAUUAUUUUAAUGUCGGUUUGUUUGGGUUUAAGCUUUUAGCGGGGCCUCUCUGUACAUAGAUUUGUAAUACAGUAAAUUCAUCUUUAGAAUAGUGAUAUCAAUUAACUUUCCCUUUAUUAAUUCACGUUCCAUCCCCAUACUGCUUCAAUUUAAGAAACUAGUGCGUUGAAUUAUUACGAGGGCAGCAUUGGGCACAACACUAACACAUAUUUCAGGUACUAUUUGUUUUGUUCCUGUCUUAAUAAGCUACUUUAGUCACCAUUUUGUUUUCCAUCACUGUAUUCCAAGUGCCUGCCUGCUUUUCUGUUAUGAGGGGUUUAUUUAGAAUUGGGAUGCACUGGUAUCUCGAGUGUUGCUGUUUCCAAAGUUAUGGAUCCUUUUAUUGUGGCACUGGUCAAUGUUUCUUAGGUUAUGUCCCAAAUGGCACCCUGUUCCCUAUUUAGUGCACUACUUUUGACUAGGAUCCUGAUCAAAAGUAGUGAACUAUAUAGGGUGCCAUUUGGGGAGUUGACUUGGACUGUUCCAGCUCUUCCAAGAGGAAAAUCACUGCGUCAAUUUCCCAUGAAGGUGUUGAUAAACUACUUUUAUAAUGCAGCCUGGGUCGGGAAAUCUUUUUUAAAAUUUUAAUUCACUCAAAUUAAGGACAUAACUAAAAGCAAUGUGUUCCAUCACUACAGUUUGAAGUUCACUUUAUUGAGAGAAAUUGUUGCACUGAUUUUGUGUGUUUAAGAUUAUUUUUUUUCGAGAUGGUGUCAUUUUGAUUUCAUGAAUGAAAAACCCUGACGUAAUCACGUUUCAGGCCAAUGGGUUAACUGGGUGCAUUUAAAUGGGAUAACAUUUGGAUAUAUAGGAUCAUGGGUGGGAUUUCAUAUCAGUAACAUCCAGCAGGUUUGCCCAGGUGUAUGUGGACGUAAGGUUUUGCCUGCCCUGGAUAACCUCUUCUAAAUGUACCCUCGGCAUGCAUAGUUGUACCUUGUCAUGGAUCUCUUGGUUUAGUUUUUUGUCAAUUCCCCUGCUAUGACCCAUGCUAUUCGGUACCCAACGUUGUUUAAAAUGGCACCCUAUUGCUUAUAGUGCACUACUUCUCUGGUCGAAAGUAACAUUUGGGAUGUAACCUAGCCAUUGAUCUUAAAGGAAUCUAAUCAUGUUGAUGGGAAUAUGAUGGUUAGAGCUUUUCUAGAUCACUGUACUGGUUUAAGUUGGGUUCUUGUUGAGGUGUUCUUGUUGAGGUGUUCAUGUUAACAAUUUAAGGUUUGGAUUUUGUUUAAAAUAAAUAAAUAAAUAUAUAAAUACAAAUAAAUUUGAAUUAAGUAAUCA